GACUACUCUGACAGAGAUACCCAUACAGUCAGUACUGGGAAAUAAGGACAUGGAGACUACUCUGACAGAGAUACCCAUACAGUCAGUACUGGGAAAUAAGGACAUGGAGACUACUCUGACAGAGAUACUCAUACAGUCAGUACUGGGAAAUAAGGACAUGGAGACUACUCUGACAGAGAUACCCAUACAGUCAGUACUGGGAAAUAAGGUCAUGGAGACUACUCUGACAGAGAUACUCAUACAGUCAGUACUGGGAAAUAAGGUCAUGGAGACCACUCUGACAGAGAUACCCAUACAGUCAGUACUGGGAAAUAAGGACAUGGAGACCACUCUGACAGAGAUACCCAUACAGUCAGUACUGGGAAAUAAAGACAUGGAGACUACUCUGACAGAGAUACUCAUACAGUCAGUACUGGGAAAUAAGGACAUGGAGACUACUCUGACAGAGAUACCCAUACAGUCAGUACUGGGAAAUAAGGACAUGGAGACUACUCUGACAGAGAUACCCAUACAGUCAGUACUGGGAAAUAAGGACAUGGAGACUACUCUGACAGAGAUACUCAUACAGUCAGUACUGGGAAAUAAGGACAUGGAGACUACUCUGACAGAGAUACCCAUACAGUCAGUACUGGGAAAUAAGGUCAUGGAGACUACUCUGACAGAGAUACCCAUACAGUCAGUACUGGGAAAUAAGGUCAUGGUAAUAGAAAUAUACAAUAGACAAAAUCAGUGGAUUAAUUUCUCUCUGAAGACAUGGUUUAGGGUAGUUAAGCAAAAUAAUUUAGACAGAGAGAUCAAACUGCUGAGUUGGCCCGCAUACGACCCCAGCUUCAUCCCUGCAACUCAGGACAGCAGAUUUAAACAAUGGACGCAGAAAGGCAUCACAUCAUUCAGUACAAUUAUAAGGAAUGGGAACCUCGAUAACUUCCAGGACCUAAGUCAAAAACAUGGCUUGGAUAAACAAGAUUUGUACAGAUACCUACCUACAAGUACGACACUAUUUCUCAAGGGAGAUAAAAGUGACUGA